AUGUCAAAUUAUAGUUUGUCUGUCUCUAAUGACGACGUAACUAGGUUUUCAAGUGGAACAAAUGACCAUAAUUAUAGUAAGAUAUAUUUGAAUCGAGAUUCUUCUGAAGGCAAUUCUAUUUUGAAACCAAAAAGUCCACGAAGUAUUCGUGAAACUAUAAACUGUGACACGGAAGUACAACAUACAUUCGACCAUUUUAAUCCAGUUAAACAAAACUCAGUCAAAAGACCCGGUACAUUAAUUUACACUAAUGAAUCAUUUGAAACGCCUCUUUCGUUGAAUUUUGAAUGUGAUAAACCAGCCAAAUCGUAUGUACGGAGUAAUGCUGCACUUAAACCAUUUAUCAUGAAUAAUAUUCUCCAUGGUCUGAAUACAAAAAAUAAAAACUCAUUGGAUCAUGAAAACCAUAAUAGUUAUAUUAAACAGUCUUUCAAUAAAAAUUUACAAACUUUGGUACCUGUGGUACCUAUGGUACAAAGUGAGAAUGAAGAAUUUCCUAUAUAUAAGGUUGUUAAUACAAAUCAAUCUUAUCCUACUACAUUCAGAAUAUCGGAUCAAAAUCAUUAUAAUUAUAAUAAAAAUACUAUUGGUAUUCAGGAAAAUGAUCGAUACUUUAGUCAAAUCCCUCCUGAUUCAACAGAACGCAAAGAAUCAGUUAUAAAAUAUUGUAAACCGACACAAAACAAAUAUGAGACCAUCAAUAUAUCAAUAAGAGAUCCACGGCUAAAAAAAUACAGUGAAAGUAUAUCUCAACGAAGAUUUGUUGGUUUUGAAGGAUUGAAACCAAUAAGAUACGAUAACAAUUUAAACGAGGACUUAGAACAAGUCAACAGGAAGUUAAAAAACAUGAAUUCAAGUUACAGAUUUGGUGUUUCAUAUGAUUCGAAGAGUGUUUAUAAUUUUGACGAACACAACAUUGAACCCAUAGAAGAUCCUUUUAUUAAUCAUAUUAAAUAUAAUAAUACACAAAAUGACUUGGAAGUUGAAACAUACAUGGAUUGUAAUAAAGUUUUAAAACACGCGAAUACUGAACGAAACCGAAAAAUGAAAUCUAAAGAGGUGUCUGCGAUAAUAGAUUUAACUGAUGACGAUAUAGAAAUUGUAUCUUACUUUACAACUGAAAAUACUCGUAAUUAUGAUGCGUUAAAAAGAUAUAGUGAAUUAAAAAAUGAACUCGAACUAUCAUUGGAGAUCGAUGAAAGUAAAUUAAAACAUGUUGUAGAAAAUAUCAUUGAUAAUUUAAAUGAUAAUAUUAUGAACGAUUCAAGUUGCGCAACAAAAAUGAUUUCACAAAAAAAUAAAGAAAUGACAAUAACUAAUAAUUUAAUCGAUCUAACAAAAGAUGAUGAUACAACAACGGCAGAUGAUAAUAUCAGUGGAUUAAUUAAAAAAAAUAAAAAUUCUAAUCCCGACAGAUUAAUAGAACAUUCAAAAACUGAAUCUAUUAAAAAACACAUUAAUUUUAGAUAUGGGAAGAAUGUUAUAGCUGAUGCAAGUGAAAAUUCAAAUGUUGAUACUGGAAUGAUUUCUACAAAAUUAGAAAACUCGAAAUGUAUGUCAACGGUCAAUGCAUCUAACGAUAAAGAUGAAUUUGAUCCUAAAACCGAUUCUGAAUUUGAAAAUAGUAAUUCUGAUUUCACAACUAAUGAUGAUCAAUCUAGCGAUGAACAAACAUGCAAUAGAAAAAUGGGUAAGGAACUAGUUAAACAACAAAUGAAAACUAAUAAAAAUGAAAUUAACAAUGAACCAGAUAAAAUAAUUAAACUUGACAAUAAAACUGUUAAUAUUAACAAGAAGUAUAUAGAAAAUGCAUCUGAAUUAAUAGAGAAUGAUGAAUGUGGAUUAGAAUCAGAAUCUAUAGAAAUUGUUUUUAAUGAACCAUGUGUUGAAGUAAAAUCAAAUUUAAAUACUUCUGCAGAAAGUACUUCAUCAGCAAAGAAAGUAGCCAAAGUAACACAUGGAAAAAAAAAUUCAGAUGAAACGACUGCGACAGUGUCUAAUUUUACUGACAGUACUUAUCGUUAUAAAAAUCGUAAAUUAUCGACAAAUUUAAAAAAACUCAUUUACGAUAAUAUUGGAUUGAAUGAUAAAAUUGAUGUUUUGAACAUUCCUGAAUCACAAAGUUCUAUAACCGAUGAAAAAGUAAAGAUAACGAACAACAAACCGCCGGGUGCUAUAAAACUAUUAGAUUUGAAUCACAGAAAUUACAAUUUAGCUAAAGUUAAUGUCAAACCAAUAGAUGUAUUACCUGAUAAAAAGUUCAUCUAUCGAGAUACUGUUGAAGAUUCGUUCAAGCCAAAUACUGUCCAAUCAUUACCAAACUCUGAAUAUCCAGUAUACGAAAUAAUAUCGGAUGCAGAAGAAGAAGAACUAAAGGUUAAAUGUUCUGAAAAAAUUGUAAAAGAGAAUUUUAAGAAAUACGACGUAGAUGAAUUAAAUUCUGAAUUAUAUGACGAUUUAAUCGAAUUGGGAAAUUUCGGAGAUUCAAAUGCCAAAAAAAGUCAAGCUAUUGCAUUAAUAGAUAUCACGACAGAUGAAAUAAGAUCAAAUAAACCGUUCGAAGAUGCCUCUCUAUUACCGAUAGAUUGUUUCAUUGACAAUGGGAAACCAGAUGAUCAUAAAGACGGAUACGGAACGGACACAGAUGAAUCUGCAGACAUUACAUUUGUUGACUACAUUUUGAACAAAAAUUCUGACAAAAAUCAAAACACUGAAAUAAAUGGAUUCUACGAUGUCGCUGCCCAAUUGUACAAUCUUCAUUAUUCGCUCGAUGACGUACAACCUGUCAAUAAGAAAAAUAAUUUAAACACAAGUGAGUGUCAAUCAAUUAUUGACAUUAGAAUCAAAUGCUUAAGCUCAAGAGAAAAAGACUACGAUCCCCAUUUAAUAAAUGGUUUACCAGCAAUUGUGAAACUUAAAAACCACCAUAACCAUUUAGUUCCUAAGGUCAAAGAAUUCCCUUUAUUAAAUUCUACAACAGACAGUAAUGUAAACAAACCAUUUGAUAAUGGUAUUGAGCCAGCAAAAAUAGUUCAAGUUUACAACAAUGAAAUUCACCCAAAUUUAAGUCAGCCGAUUAUCAACACUACAAAUUCGUUAGAUACGGUCGUGGACAUUUCUGAAACCAACAAUAUUAAAUCAAGUACUCAAAGCGCUGAACAUAUUUCGUUUAGCAAGUGGGAGGAUAUAAAAAUACAAUGCGAUAUCGUAAAGUCAAAAUACGGCGUACGUCUCAAACCAGGACAACUGAUCAUCAAUAAUGGUAAGCCGGUUGAUGGUACGCCAUAUCACUUUGUGGAUACUAGUUACAGAAAAGAAUAUUUCCGGACGCUAAAAAGCAUACUGUCAAAUGAUGAACAGUCUAAGUGGCUUUGCAACAAAAUGACAACCGUCGCCAAUCAAGUGAGCCUUUACAAAUGCUCAGGUACAAACUGCAAAAAGGUGUUCAGCAACCGGUUAUUAUUCCGGUCCCACUUGAACAACCACUAUGAUAAAUCAAGUAAGACUUGUGUGAUUGUUGUUGUUUUUAUUCUUUCGCGAAACACUGUUUUAUUCAUAUUUUUAUUGGCUGCAUUAAUGCUUAGCAAGUUUGGUCAUUUUUUUUUAUAA